AUGUUAAAUGAUAUUUCUUUACAAACAGAAACGGCAUUAGUUUUUUUAAAUGGCCUUUUAACAAUUUUAUUGAGAAAUGCUUUGGUUCAGUUAAUUUAUAAUGGUGGCGGAACAACAAUGAAUCAAGAGGAUUUGAAAUGGCAUUUAUUCACUCUCGAUUUCCUUACAAUUGUAAUUCCAAUGUUUCUUAUUCAAACACUUCUGGCUGAUUAUUUGUUUAUAAUACUUGGAAUAUUUAUAAUACUCAUUUUAAUUAUUUUAAUUUUAAAUAAAUCAAAAUUUCCAUCCAAAAGGAAUCGUCCACAUGAAGAAUCUCUUACUAUUAAUUCUCAAAAUUCGAAGCUUCAAUUCUGUGAUCUGUUCAAUUGUUGUAAACUUGUUAGGCCUGAUACAUGCAGAGCUAUUUAUAAUUCACAUACAAUGUUUAGAGCUCUUCUUCUCAAUACAACAGCUUUGGCAAUUUUAGCUGUUGACUUUUCAAUUUUUCCUCGAAGAUUUGCCAAAACUCAUUAUUAUGGUCAAUCUUUAAUGGAUACUGGAACUGCUGCUUUUGUUUUUGUAAAUGCUUUGGCUGAUGAAAGUGCUGAAAGGGAAGGAAGAAAACCUAAAGAAAGGGCUUUAAAAUCUACAAUGAAUUUAUUCUUCUUUCGCAUUCCAACACUUUUGGUACUUGCAUUACUUGGUAUUGGGCGUUCAUUAUUUGUUCAUUUGAGUGGAUAUGGACAGGAUGUUACAGAAUACGGCGUUCAUUGGAAUUUUUUUGUUACUCUAUUUUUCAUUCGGAUGUUUGUUGCAAUUGUUCCAACACAAUUAAUUAUAUUUAUUGGUUUACUUAUUGGUUUAAUUUAUCAAUAUUUAUUAACUUUUGCUGGUUUGGAAGGAUGGUUAUUAAAAUCUGAAUAUGGAGGAAGACAUGGUUUUGUUGAUCAAAAUCGGGAAGGAAUAUUUUCUUUGUUUGGCUAUUUUUUCAUUUAUUCUGCUUCGUUUCUUUAUGCAAAAUGUUCAGCACAUUUUUUGGAAAAGUGA